AUGGCCUCUGCGUCCCAGCAGAAGUGCGCUAGAGUGCUCAGCAUUGUGGCCUCCGAGGAUAUUCGAGAGCUGGACUGGAGUCAUAUCCACUUGCUUGUAUCCACUUCAGCAAAAUGCGCAACAAAAAGGCUGACACUCGUGCUUGUCAACAAUGUCUUCGUCGCAAGAUCAGAGGCCCGAUCGAGCUUGUUUCCGUACGUACAACAUUACGUUACCACGAUCACCUCACUGGCCCAAACGAGCGUCGAGUCAGCGACCGUUGCUAUUGAUGUACUAUUAUUCGGAUGGUCCGACCUACAGCUUUCCGCGUACACAUGGGAUCAAGUAUACUCUAACUCUCCUAGUCAUGUCAAGCAGAUCAUCGGCGACGCUCCUUAUUGUCAAAUCGAGCCUAUAAUUCGAGUGCUUCCGUCAACGAAUACGGAGCGGAUGUGUGCGGACGAUAUUGCGAUUGACACAGUCAGCGCUUCGCCGAGCGACCCAUCGCAUAAGAAGCUCCAUCAGCUUUCAGAAUCAUUCGAGAGGCGUCAGAGUGCGGUAAGGCAAUUCAUAGAGGGCUUCCAGACGUUCGAAAGACGCCCAUUCGAGCUGAAGGUGGUGCCGCGACAGAAUUAUGGCCCCCAAGUCUCCGAGCCAAAAUUAGAUGCGGUUGUCUUGUCUACAGAGUCAAUGCAUCAUGGUGUUAUAGUAAACCGCCUUCGAGUCGAAGCGGACCUACCACCGGUCAGAGUCUUUGUCGUGGAUGUCGUUCAAGCAGCCGGUUCAACAUUCUCCUACGACAAUGCUCAUAAAUUGAUGACACGAAUGAGCUCAUCCUUGAUCCGAGAGUCGCUUGACAAGCGUGCUCUGAAGUUCAUCCUUCUGAAUGGCUUCGCCGGUGUCGGGAAAUUCACGAUUGCCUCUAAAUUAGCGACUUAUCUCGCUUUCGCUGGACUCGAGGCACGAGUCGUGCACAAUCAUCUUCUAGCUGAUCUUGCAGAUGCUGUGCGUUCAAAAACAGCACCCACAUACCAGACGUUUCGCCGGCAGCUGCGGGACCUGGUAUUCGAUGCGAUCAGCACAGAUGAGCAUAUAUUGCCCGGUACAGCUUUUGUCUUUACUGGAAACUUCUCACAGAGCAUGGUCGGUCAAACGGCAGCACAGGAGUACGCGACUGCUGCCUCACGUUGUGGCGCCUCAUUCAUACCCGUCACUAUACAUUGCAACAUCGAAGAGCUCGAGCGGCGCAUAGUAUCUAGAAGUCGAUCCGAGGUAUCAUCGCGCAAGCUGCUGGAUCCUGCGCGCGGUGCAAAGAUCGCAACGCAGAAGGUGCUAUACAUAUUUGAGAAUACACAGGCAUUGAGCCUAGAUGUCUCUUUGAUGUCUGCAGAACAAGCUGCGAAACGUAUUGCCGAGCACGUCGAGAAGGUCCACCAGAAGAGAGAGAUAUAG